CCAUCGUGGGGCGCGCAUAGCCACGAUGUAGUUGUGGACGAUGAGUCUGUGUUGUCCGGGAAAGAAAACCCAUAAGUGAAAAAUUGUACAGUGAGAACGAGGAGAGGGUGGUGGGUUAAGAUUUUCGGCCUACAUGUGUUGCUCAUGGCGUGUAGUUCACGAGCAAACGGGAGUGUGACAUGCUAUCUUUAUAAAUAAAGUUCCAAAGACGAUUUUCAUUUCAGUUCUCGUUCGGAUUUCGUCCAAGUUACAUUGAUAAGUGUGGAGCCAGAAAGCCUAGGGUUUUUCUUUCUCUUUGUGAAAAAAGUUCUUAAAAAAAAACCAUUUUUGACUUUUGGGAAGUGAGAAAUGAGGUUUUGUAGGAAUGGGCACUGUCUCCUACUGCCCCUGAUCAUCAUCUUUGCAUCCGUUGCAGUAUCUGAAGAUGAUUUAGGGCAACAGAGGCUGCAACCUGAAUCUGAGUUGUAUUCUCAGGAAAUUCAGGCAAUUGCCGAUAAACUUCGUGCUGAAUACAAUGCAGCCGUUGCAGCAUCCCCAUCAAAGUAUCCACAUCAAGUCAGUGGCAACUAUGCCGGGCAGUAUAGGACACAGGGAAGAGGAUGCGGGGAUGCAGGAUGUGCUACAUCGGUCACAUCUAAAGUGACCCAUUCAUCGAAUUUUGGUACUAAAACCCAAGAAGAAGUGGACACAAUGGCAAAGGAUCUUGCGCAGGAGAUUAUAAAGGAUAUGCAAACAGGAAAGCUGCAGUAUAGCCAAAUUUCCCAGCCGAAUUGGUUUGAGCAGAGAGCAGCUCAAGAGCUCGAAGCAAGUGGCCUUCGACACUCCCAGUCGCAGAGUCAAUCCCAAUACAUGGGCUCUUCGGGUAGGUACCAACAGCAGCAGCAACAACAAUCAACCUAUGGCGGCUACUACAAGCCACAGUCGAGCUAUGUGUCACAGACAAAUAUUCACGAUUCCUCACGCACUGUCGUCACUCAACGCCCGCAAGUCACAUCAUCCCGUCAUCACGUCUAUGAUCAUCUCUACGAGGAGCGCUUGCCAAAUUACCAGCCGCCCCACAUGAUUCACACAAAUAUUGAGAAUGACUACGACACUCAAGUUCAGCAGCAAAUAAAUUUCCACCAAAAUGGCCACACGUAUAAUCGCCUACCGAUCUUAAUUCGUCCUGGAUCUGGCUCUGUGCAAGUCAAUUACACCGUCAGUACGUACAAUCGCAGUGCUGAUGGAUCCCGAAGCCCCCCAAGUACGCACGUUAUGACAUUCAACAGGAAUUUCACGGAAGGGAAUAAAAGGGAACAAAUCCAAUCGAUCCUUGAGGAGAUCACCCGCUUGAACAGGAGCCAAUUGCAUGGAAUUGAUAACCUCCUCUCGUCCCUUGUCAUUGAGAUCGAUGACACGAAUAUCGGGGGGAAUAAGCAGGAGAUUCAGGAUGAAAUUUACAAACUAAUCCAACAGAUACGCAAUCAAGCAUCCAUGCAUACAGAUUGGCGAUAUCCCUACACGGGAAACCAGGUAACCGAAGAGGAUUUGCUUUAUCAGGAAGUUCAGGAGCUACGGAGGAAUAUUUCGCAUUUGAUACGAUCCCAGGAGGCAAGACCCCAGCAGAACACCCUUUCCACAUACAUUCUGUCAAUUCAGAAUUCCCUCAGUGAGGAGGAGCGAAGGACACAGGCUGUGGUUAUUCAGCAGGAAAUUAAGCGCCUAACGGAGGAAGUGCGCGUGUGGAUGAAUACUCAGGGAAUCACUGAGGAGCAGAGAAGACACGAAAUCUAUUCGUUGCAGCAGGAAAUUGAGAGACUAAAGAGAAUUUUAACUGAAUGGAAUGUACAGCAGGUGAUCCCAACGGCGAAUGUGGGUCACGUUUCCUCUCACAUCAUUCAAAUUGAGCACACUCUCAAUCAGGAGGAGAAACAGCGUCAAACGGUGAUCAUACAGGAGGAGAUUGAACGCCUCCGGCAGGAGAUGGAGAAGUGGCAGAGGCAGACAAGUGGGAGUGCCCAGCAGAGGCAGCAACAAAUUAAUUUAAUUUGGAAGGAAAUUAGCACGUUGAAUCAGAUCAUUGAGGAUUGGAAGGCACAGCAGGUGCACUAUCCGGAAACUCCUCUAUCCACGUACAUUGUUACAAUUGAAAACACCCUGACGGAGCAGGAGAAGGACGAACAGGCUCAGGUAAUUCAGGAUGAGAUUCAGAGACUUCGUCAUGAGAUGGAACAAUUCAGUAGAAUGUCUUCAAACAAUGAGCACAGAAGGCAGAAUCAAAUUCUCGAGUGUCGUCAGGAAAUUAAUAAACUCACGCGAAUUAUUGAGGAUUGGAAGGCAACAAAACCCACAAUUACCCCGGAAAAUCAACUCUCCACCCACAUAAUAACAAUUGAGAAUAAUCUCACGGAGGAAGAUAAGAGUUACCAGAGUCAGGUGAUUAAUACGGAAAUUCAGAGAUUGCGUCAAGAAUUGGAACGAUGGAAGCAUCUGCAGCACGUUAAUGAGGACAAGAGGAGGGAUCAGAUUAAUCUCAUUCGACAGGAAAUUAACAAAUUAACGGAAAUAAUUGAGGAAUGGAAGGAUACCCAGGUUACGCUGCAGCCACAGAAUCUCCUCUCUGAGCACAUCAUCACAAUUGAGAAUACCUUCACGGAAAAGGAAAAGGAGCAGCAAACUGUGCAGAUUCUGAGUGAGAUUGAACGUCUGAGGCAGGAGAUGGAGCGUUGGAAGCAAUUGCACCAUGUUAAUGAGGAGAAGAGGGUACAGCAGGUGCAAUUGAUAAGCCAGGAAAUUAAUAAACUGUCCCAAAUUGUUGAGCAUUGGAAGGAAACUCGACCAACAAUUGUUCCCGGGAAUCAACUUUCGCAGCACAUUAUCACCAUUGAGAAAACCUUCACGGAGAGUGAUCGAAGUCAGCAGAAUGCAGUGAUUCAGGAGGAGAUCAAUCGCCUGCGUCAGGAACUCCACAGAUGGUCACAAAUGCAGAAUGUCCAGGAGGAGAAGCGACAGAAUCAGAUUGCGAUGAUUAAGAAUGAGAUUAGCAAACUCACGGAGAUUGUUGAGGAAUGGAAGGAGAGUCGGCCCACAAUCACUGAAGGGAAUACUCUGUCGACACAUUUCAUCAAAAUUGAGAAUUCUCUGAGUGAAGAGGAGAAGGUAGAUCAAACUAAUGUGAUUCAGCAGGAGAUCGCCCGCCUGCGUGAAGAGAUGCAGAAGUGGACAAGAUUGCAUCAUGUUAAUGAGCAGGAGAGGCAUCAGCAGGUACAGCUAAUCCGCCAGGAAAUCAAUAAACUCACAGACAUUGUGGAGCACUGGAAGGAGACGCGACCAACGAUAACAGCCCAGAAUCAGCUAUCCACGCAUAUUAUAACAAUUGAGAGGAAUCUCACGGAAGAAGAUAAAACCCAUCAGACGCGUGUGAUUCAGGAGGAAAUCAAUCGAUUGAGGCAGGAACUCCAUCGAUGGACGCAGAUGGCGAAUGUGAAUGAGGAGAAGAGGCAGGAUCAGAUUCAAAUGAUCCGCUUGGAGAUUAAGAAACUCACGGAGAUUGUGGAGGAUUGGCGUCAAACAAAACCCACCCUGACGCCGGAGAAUCAACUCUCCACCCAAAUUAUCAUCAAGGAGAACACCAUGACGGAGGAGGAGAAAGUCCAGCAAAGUUCUGUGAUUCAGGCUGAGAUUCAGAGACUUCGGCACGAGCUGGAGCGUUGGAGGAGGCUGCAGAAUGUGAACAAGGAGAAGCAGCAACAGCAAAUUACCAUAAUCCAGGAAGAGAUUCAGCGUCUUACUGAAAUUGUCAAUGAUUGGAAUUCCAGCCAGAAUACCAUCAUUCCCGGAAAGCAAAUGUCCCUUCAGAUAAUUUCAAUGGAGAGUACCCUGACAGAGGAAGAUAAGCGACAGCAAACGGGAUUGAUUCAGGCGGAAAUCACGCGAUUACAGCAGGAGCUGGAGCGAUGGAAUCACCUGACACAUGUCAACAAUCAGAAGAAGCAGCAGCAAAUCUUUGCCAUUUGGCAGGAAAUUAAUGCCUUAUCACGAAUUCUGGAAGACUGGAGAAAUACGCAAGUAAGUGGCCCUGAGAAUCUCCUCUCUUCCCACAUCGUGGCCAUUGAAUCCUCAUUGUCGGAGGAAGAGAAACUUCUUCAGACAGUCAUCAUAAAGGAUGAGAUUGCAAGGCUCAAGGAAGAGCUGGAAAAGUGGACGAGGGCUACGCAUGAAAAUCAAGAUGUGCGCCAGAGAGAAAUCACGUGGAUACGCAAUGAGAUUCAGAAGCUCCAGCAAAUCUUGCAAAAUUGGCAAUUGACUGAAUCCCAGAAGUCUGGAGGACUUCUAUCUGCCCACAUUCUCUCCAUUGAGCACACCCUGACGGAGGAGCAGAAAGAACGUCAAAUUAUUGUGAUUAAGGAAGAGCUAGUGCGCCUUAGGCAGGAACUGGAGAAAUGGAAGCGUCAGGGAAAUAUCAAUCGUGAAGAUAGGGAGCAACAAAUCUUCUUUAUUCGCCAGGAAAUUAAUAAACUGAAUGAAAUUCUCUCCAAUUGGAAGGCAAAGGAUGAAAUUGGAAGCGGAGGACAACUCUCCACGUACAUCCUGUCAAUAGAACAUACCCUGACUACGGAGCAGAAGGAGGAACAAGCUAAGAGGAUUAAUCAGGAAAUUGCAAGGCUAAACAAUGAGCACAAAACCUGGGAGUUGCGUCAGGGAAAUCCAAUUGAGAAGCAAAAGCAUAUUGGGUUGAUUCUCGAGGAGAUCCGGGUACUUUCGAAGAUCCUGGAGGAUUGGCGAUUGGAGAAAAUUGGCUUUGACUUCAGCAAACUCUCCUCGCACAUUUUGAUCAUGGAUCACACCCUGACAAGCGAUGAGCUCGAACAGCGUGAGAAGCAAAUCCGUGGGGAUAUCCGGAGACUCAGGGGAGAGUACCAGAAGUGGUCAAGUCAGAGAAAUAUCGAAGAGAGCGAGAGGCAGCGUCUUCUGCGGUUUAUUCAGCAAGAGAUUGACCUCCUGAAUCACAUUCUGGAGGAAUGGCAGCGUCGUUCCAACAGCCCAACGCUUCUAUCUCAAUUCAUUCGAUCAAUUGAGCAGAGACUCAACAAUGAGAGUAAGUAUUUCUACUCUUUGCUCAUUAUUCAGGAGAUUGAGCGUCUUCAGCGCGAGGGGGCACGCUGGAAAAAUGCCCAAGAGAGUGAAAAGCAAUCCAUGUGGUACAUUGAGGAGGCUUUCGGUGACAGUGGAUUCCAGGAAGUGAAGCAGAGGCAGCUUCGCCUCAUGCACGAUGAGGUUCACAGAUUGGCGCAAAUUCUCCGGGAAUGGGGAUGGAGGAAGACAACAGCUGGACGGUGGAUUCAUCCAAUUUAUACACAGUACACAGACCUUGGAGCCAGGUACCCCACAGUCUUUAUUCACAACAAGAAUGGGCACAAUUCCCAUCGGCCACCGCAUCAGGAGAUAAACAAAAAUCGUGGAGAUCAGCCCCCGCAAAUCUUUGAAGAUGAUUACUUUUCCGAGGAGGAUUUGGAGAUAGAGCCAGGAAUUGGGCUCUAUCCCGUGAAGCCUGAGAUUCAGCUGCAAUCUACCCCUGCGCCAAUUAGGCUACCAGCUCCCGAACCAAUCCCCGUGGUUGUGCCUCAGGGUCAGCGAGAAUACAGGAGGAGGGAGUACAAGAAGACCACGAUAACAACAACAAAUCAAGCAGCUGUUCCCCAAUUCCAUUUAACUGCCUCAGCCAGUGCUUCAGCCUUCCCUUCCGGAUGGGUAACUCCCCGGGCUGUUGUUGAAGGUUCAAACUUUGACAAUUUGGAGACAAUGUCUCGCACUCAGACACAUACAUCUGCCCGUGCAACAAGAGUCAAUCGCCAAGGAGCCACGGGACAAGAACCACAGAGAGAAGAAUUGGAUCUGCAGCAGCAGAAAAUGGAUUGGUAUGAUGAUACCGCAGACCUAAGUCAGAAGCUACAGAACCCAGACUAUGAGGAUGUCCAGGCAAUAGUGAAGGACAUCACAGAGGCCCCCACAACAACGGAAGCCCCGGGCUUUUGGAAGCGCCUCGGGGAGAAGGCGAAGAGUGUUUUCGGCUGAUUUGCAGCAUGCGUGUGUGUAAAAUAACAAAAUUAUGCUUCACCGUGUAAUGAGCAUUUCUGAGAGUAAUUAAUAAAGUUUAUAUACUAAUAGA